AUGGAAUUUCCGAAUUAUGUCUGGUUCAACAAUAAGACAUAUCAAAUAGAGAGCAUAUACAGAAAAAAUCACACUAUCCAUUAUUAUUUAAAAAAAAAUGAUAUAGUUACAGCAUUAGCUGAAAUAAGAAAAGGAGUAUCGCCUUUUAUAAAAGAUGAAUGUAAUAGAACAUCGUUAGAUAUAGCGGUCGUAUUGUUUAUGAGGAAAUUUAAUGAAUUUAUUUUUACAUCACUUAUCAUAGAUUAUUUAUACAAGACUAAGAACAAAAAUGAAGAAGUGGAAUAUGCAUAUAAUUGUAAAGGCAUAUUGGAAAAAUAUGACAAUAAAACAGACUAUAAUGAAUAUGAUAUAUUUCAUAAAAAUGAUAACAAAGACAUGGAUAAUGUAGGGAUGAAAAAAAAUGGUAAUUGUAAAAUGACACAUGCAAAUUAUCAGGAUGCUAAUUUUAUAAAUUCCAUACUUUUGCAAAAAAAAAUAAAAUAUAAUUCCCUCAUUAUAAAGGAUUAUAAUAAUAGUGAAAAUAUAUCUAAUGAAAAAUAUAAACAAAAAAAUUUAUUUUUUUCAUUCCAAAAAAUAUUAAUUUUAAAUUUAAGUAAAAAUAUGAAAGCACAAUUAAACGAAAUUUUAAGACAAGCGAGAGCUCUUUUAUUCUUUAUUAAAACCCUAAGCAAAAAUAUUAUAUUAAAAAAAUCUGCAAAAAAUGUAAUUAAAGAAGAAAUUGAAAAGUUACCUUUCCCCUAUUUUUACAAUGCAGCUAUUCAUACACUUUUCAAGUUUUUUUCGCCUGAACGUGUUAAGGUAAAAAGGAAAAAACAAAAAAGCAAAAAAAUAAAUGAACAAAAAAAUCACAGUAGUGUUAGUAGUGAUAUAAGCAAUAGUAGUAGUACCAACUCCAGUGGUAAGGGUGAGCACAAUGCGAUAAAUGGAUGGGAUGUAAAAAACCCAGCAGAUUCUAGAAAAUUAAUCACUAAAAUACUCACAAACCAAUUAAUAGGGAACGAAAUUAUCAUAUUUAUAGGAACAUUUUUUUCAUAUUUUUCUAAUUUAGUUUUUAUAUUUGGAGAAAAAAUAUUUCGCACUAAUUUAAUAACAUCGCAAUAUUUACUUCAUAUGUCUUUUACUUUAGAUAAUGAAUAUUUAUUUAACGUAAUAAUUAACAGAAAUAAUGUUUUUAAUCAGGCUCAAAUAUUUGACUGGAAUAAAUUAAUCGAUUCUUUGUUACCCCAACAAGAUCUUAUGCAAGGAUAUUAUAAGCCUUUAAUUUAUGCUAAACUAAGCAAAUCUUUUUUAGAUAAAGUGAAGAAAUUUUAUCAAAAUAAAAAUAAAAAGAAAAAUAUCAAAAAAUACAAAAAGAUAAUUUAA